AUGCCAGUGAAUAGGUUUAGUUGGUUGUUAUCACAUUUACAUCUGAACGACAAUUCUGUAAUUCCAAAAAAAGGAGACGCCAACUACGAUAAAUUGUACAAGGUAAGGCCAUUUCUCAAUUUAGUUUUAAAAAAUAGUCAGGCAGUAUACAAUCCAAAUAGAAUAGUAGCUAUAGAUGAAUCAAUGAUAAAAUUUAAAGGCCGUCAUUCAUCAAAACAAUAUAUGCCUAAAAAACCCAUAAAAAGAGGAUAUAAAGUAUGGGCUUUGGCAGACAAUUAUCCGCUUAUGUCGUACUUGAAAUCAAAUGGGAUUUAUGCUUGUGAAACAGUAAACAUGACAAGAAAACAUUUACCACAGCAAAAAGAUGACAAGUCCUUAAAACAAGGAAAAUAUGAUUGGAAUACCGAUCAAUUUUCAAUAUCAAUUAUUAAAUGGAAAGAUAAACGAUCACGGAAAUUAAAAAACAAGUCUUUUGUACCUGACUCUCUUCGUUUGGAAAAAUCAGCUCAUCAACCGAAAAUAUCGACAAGAAGAUGUGCAAAAUGCUGCACAAGAGAAAAAGAAGUUAGAACUGAGUGGAUGUGUGCAGUAUGUAACGUUCCACUUUGCAUUACAAAAAACCGAAACUGUUUUGCUGAUCAUCAUAAGUAA